AUGACUGGAGACGACGCUUCAGGUAACCGGGCAAUCGGACGACCCCGCCGCCAAGACUUUGUGGCCGAGUUUAUGCCGACAGAAUCGUGGUGUUUUGUUGACAUUGCUCUUCUUGAUGUUCAGAAUCCUCAUCAACAUUCUUAUAUAGAGCCACAUACGUUCCGACCGCAGCCAUGUUUCACACCAGUUACUCAUAAAAAAGCGCCUGUCCAAUAUGUUAAUCCCUAUGAUACCAUUUACUAUCCCGAAGAAGCUGCCGACUUCUUGCACAACCGGCUCGAAGAUGGAAGUGAUGUUUUCAAGCGAGGCAUUACUGAGGAAAGAGGUCAAACGAGUGAUAUGGAGAAAGACUGUUCUUAUUCAAUAGGCGCCAUAUGGCCAUACGCGGAUGAAGAGGAUACUGGAAUGGAGAAGGAACUGGUUGUGGAGAAAGCGGCUAAGCGACAAAAGACUGCUACAAAACGGGGGACGAAAGGCAAGCGGGCACCGUUCAAGGUUCAAACCAUUGAAUCUGACGAUGAAGAUAUUGUUGGAUCAUUUUGUAGGCAUCGGCCUAAUUUGUCCGAGCCAACACAGUCGAUAACACCUCCAGACACCGCCAAUCGAGGUAAGAAGCAAGCACCAUCGAAAAAGGCGAAGGGAGCAGGUAGAAGUCUACCAGCAUUCAAAAGCCUUACAAUCACGAAACCAAUUCAAAGAGAUGAGAAAAAAUUUCAGAAAUCCCAGCAAAAUCCGACAGAGGCUGCUCCAGUCGUCGUCAGUUACCAAGGAUGGUCGUCUACCGAAUCAGCUGUAAAGAACAAUGCCAUUAAGAUCGGACAAACAACUCUUGAUAAAUUAGCGGCUUUUCGGUACCAAGCUCCAGCACAAAUAGGUCAAUCUGGAAAUCACGCUUCUUUCAAUGAGACUUCAGAACAGUUGCUCAACAACAGGGACACAAACCAAAUCCAUUCCAUUCCGAAGCCGGAGUGCCUACUAGGUCGUGAGGAUGAGAGCUCCCAGCUAGCAGGUUGGAGAAUUGACACGGGCGAUCCAUUCUGUGAUCAACCCAACAUUGAAGGGAUAGACACUCACAACACAUCAGAACACCCUGGGCUCACAGGAAACAGAUUUGGUUUAGGCUUGUCCCAGGUUAGCACUGAUAUCGUGACUGGCUAUCAACCCGAAGAUAGGCAAUAUGCUACGAAAGCUGAUUCGCAAGUGGGGUGCAUGCCUUCAGGCUCCAGUUCUUUCUUCCCUUACUAUACUUCCAGUGAGCAGCGAGUUCUCGACGGGCUCUUAUCCGUGGUUGAGACGGCGAGGGAGGAUGGCGAAACGAUUCAAGAAGCAUCCCAGAGGCUGAAAAUACCUCCUGUCAUCAGUCAUAGCCUAGGAAUGAUGAUGGGAGAGAUGAUCUCUUCAGAUGCAGCAUUUGUCGAUGCAAACCACGCCGAAGAACAAUGUGUAACGCCGCUGGUAAGACCAGACUCUGAAGUGCAUUCGGAUGGCCACCACUCUGUCCAGGAAAGUAUCAGUCCAGCCAAUGCUGCUGAGUCCGACGAUGAGUUUGAUGAUGGCGUCGACGACACGGACCUACUCGCUGCAAGUAAUUGCAUACCAAUGGACGGGUCUGAGCCGAAUAAUUGUUCUCCAACACCCGUCUUUCUCAGAUCUAACCAAGCUCCUCAUGUACGGCAAAUGCAAAUGACGAAGAAAAUUCCCGCCCACGACGAGGCAACCUCCUCGUCACCAUCUCUUUUAGAAUCGGACCCAGACUUGGACAAUUUUGCUAUGUGUUACGCCGGUGAGAAGGAUCAGGAUGAUACCAAAAAGGAUGGAGAAGCUGUAGAAAGGUUUAGAGCACCCUCGAGUGUUCAACGUUCUUUUCUUGGCAAGACGAGUGAAGCAGAAGUCUACGACAGCACCUUACAAUUUUCGCCGCCUCCAAGUCGAACUUGUUCCACAAAACCCCAAACCUCACCCGGGACUCAUAAUGCUAACAGUUGUAGUCAAUCGCAAGCCAUGACAUCUCUCUCGGUGGGUAGAGGUACUCACCCUAGUAGCGAAGACUGGUCUUUCAUAAACGGCUCUGGGCUAGACGAACAAGAAACGAUUGAAGAACCAAAGCCCACUCAGAAUGUUGAACAUAAUUCUGAUGGUGUAUCACAGAAUCAAGACACCAACCUGAGGACAAAGGCGGACGUUGUCGUUCUGGACGACAUUGACGAAUGUAAACCCUUCGAGCGGUUUGUAAGACCAGCAUUUCCUUCACUCGUUCGUGAUCGCUCUCCAAUCAUUGGUGUUUCUCCUCAAACUUUUCUCCGAGUUUGUUUUCGAAUCUAUGAGAUGUACCGCGAAGGUGCCAGGUGUUUUCAGUCAAAUCAAGAUGCAAUAAUUGAACUAUUCGCUCGAGUUACUUUCUCUUUACGGGAUCCAGGCACGACAAAACAACACUUUCAAUUUGCGGACCUCUGGAGCAAGCAUCCGCCAUUUGCCACAGGUAUUCUUACGGAUAUCAAACCCACGACUCUAGCUGAUACGGAAAGUAAAGGUCUUGUUGGCGGUGACUUGGGCAAGAAGGUGCGAUGUUUAGGGAGGUUGAAAAAAGAUGCGAAAACUAGUAGUGGAUGGCUACUUCAUAUUAUUAACAUUAGGCAAACCGACUGGGAGGAGAUUCGAUGGACUAAGAGAAUUGUAAGCCAGGAGGUUGAUGAAGAUUCGGACUAG